AUGCGGGAACGGGGUCCUUGCAUUUGUGGAGUAGGUGUGUGGAGCCUACUGCUGUCUCUCUGUCUGGCCUCCCUCACACAGGCACACAGGAGCCACAUAGUGCAGGUGAAGGCAGGGACGUGUGAGGUGAUCGCUGCCCAUCGCUGCUGCAACAAGAACAAGAUCGAGGAGAGAUCUCAGACAGUCAAAUGUUCCUGCUUCCCUGGACAGGUCGCUGGCACCACCCGGGCCAUGCCCUCUUGUGUUGAUGCCUCCAUUGUAGCUCAGAAGUGGUGGUGUCAGAUGCAGCCGUGUAUGGAUGGUGAAGAGUGUAAGGUUCUCCCAGACCUCACAGGAUGGAGCUGCAGCACAGGCAACAAAGUCAAGACCACAAAGGUGACCCGAUAGUCCUGUCCUUCUCAAGAAGAGCAGAAAUGGCGUUGGAGUUACUUAAAUAGCACAAAGGACCAAUCAGUGGUGAGGAAACACACUCAGACAGACUUCUAUGAGGAACCAGUAAUUGUUAAAUUUUUUCUGAGGAUAUCCAAGAUGUGGAGGCUGAAGAGACAGGACUCUAACACCGUCUUCCAUCAACUUAAACACUACUGAGUGUCCUUGGUCCCUUACCGCACAGGACCGUAUCACCCACAAUCCUUUACUGCUUCUACAAACAACAACUUCAACCGAGUGAACAAUGUCUGAACAGCACUUGAUUAAAUGACAAAAAACAACUUUAUUUACAACAAUCAGUAUUCUUCAUCUUUCUUCUAUGGCUUAGUUGUGUUCCAUACGCAUACUUGGAAUAAAGGGGAUCUGGACUUUAGACGGCUAUCCUGCAUUAUGAACGGCACAACAAAAAUUGGGGGCUUGAAUCCACAAUGGCUGUCUCAUGUAGUCGGGAUGGCACGUUUAAAUUUAACUGUGCCACAUAUGACACACCUGAUGCUGUCAAAAAGUUUCUCAGAUCUGAUACCGAACCUCUCUUUCUUUCAGAUCUCACCUCCAUAAGAAUAUUUUACCUUGAAUAGUUUGUGGCUUACCACAUGCCAUUUUUUAAAAUGGGGAGACAGUUUGUCAGUCUUCUUCUUUCUUUUGUUUUUUGACAGAGGUCAAAAUCCUUUCAGGGUGAGGUUAGACUAAUACCAAGUAGAUGUUACGGUAUAUUGAAACAUGUAAACGUGUAAAAAAUGGUCCAUGGAAUCAACGGGGCUAAAAAUAAAG